AUGGCCCAGCCAGGCCGACCCAACUCCCUCCCCCGGCCCAACCGCGCCUACAACCCACCCCACUCCCCCGGCGCCUCGUCGCCGCUCGCUAGGCCACCCCGCCGCGCUGACCACGCCGCCACCUCGCCGACGCCCCGCCCGGUGCUGCCCCGCAUCGCCCGCCUCCUCAACCCUCCCUUUUGCGUGGAUCCGGCCGGGGGCAAUCGACGCCCUGCCCCCCCUCCCCCCCGGCGCCGGCGCACAUCCCCGACGUGGCCGCCGCCGUUGCCUCCCCACCGCUACCUCGUCGGCUGCAUCGAGCCUCGCCAGAGUACCCCUGCAACGGGGGUGAGCGAACCUCCCCCUCUCCUCAUCUGUGCCUCCCUUGCACACGCGCCCCUGCCGCCCCGUCCGGUCACCUCGCUCCGGUCGCGCUUCGUAGUACACCGCGCUGGUGCGCGCUCACCCGCGCCCCGCCCGCGCGCAGACCCCUCCGCGGCCACCCGCACCGCAGGCCGCGCCCACGGGUGCCUCGCGCCCCAGCCUCUACGCCGCUCGCACACGACCACCAUCGUCCCGCUGCACCCCGCGUGCGCCCACCUGCGCCUGCGCGACCCCCGCCGCCCCGAUGCGUGCUCGCCGCUCCGCCACGGCCGUCCGCGGCCCCCUUCACCCGCGCCCGACCUCGGCAACCGCCGCGCCUGCCCUACUCCUCGCACCGGCCGCGGCCUCGCCUAG